AUGGUCGUGAAAGAUCCCGUUGACGUCUCGGCAUUCGCCAGCACCCAGCUUGCGCUGCUCGAUGCCGAGCUGCAAAGCGAACUGCAAGAGACUAGCGGACUUAUCUCGAACACGAGCCCAACAGCGCUGCAGCGAGCUGGACUAGCAAUUACAAAUUUGGUCAUUUCGGCUCAGCGGACAGGAUUAGGCGGCAAAACCGUACUGGAGCUGAGCCCUGACAGCGCCAACAGCAGCACCGGCGAGCUUCCAGAACACGGCAUUCGGACGGGAGAUAUUAUUCUCGUCUCCGAACAACCGGCAGGCAGUGCUAAGAAGAAGGAAAUCAAGGAUCUCGAGAAGAAGGGGGUACGGGGCGUUGUCACCAAGGUCAAGAAAGACUCCGUUUCCGUUGCUGCUGACGAGGAGAAAGAGGAUGCCUCGAUUACGGGGAGGGUGUGGCUUGUCAAGCUGGCUGAUGAUGUGACUUACCGUCGCAUGAAUCAGACCAUGGAGAAACUACAAAAAAUGACGGAAUCAGAUUACUCGAUCUUUACACGAGUGCUGUUUGGUUUAUCAACGCCCUCGUCCCUUCCAGCCGACAUGAGCUCUGAUCCCGAAUAUGGGAACAUCGAAUGGUUUGAUCCGAGUCUCAACGACUCCCAGAAGGACGCCAUCCGGUUCGCACUUGCAUCGAAGGAGAUUGCGUUGGUUCACGGCCCCCCAGGAACCGGGAAGACACAUACGCUCAUAGAGCUAAUCUUGCAGUUGGUGAGGCGGAAUCAACGGGUGUUGGUUUGUGGUCCAUCGAACAUCUCCGUGGACAAUAUCGUGGAACGCCUGUCACCACAUAAAGUUCCGAUUCUUCGGCUUGGGCAUCCAGCAAGACUCCUGCCGUCAGUUCUGAGUCACUCUCUUGAUGUACUGACACAGACGUCCGAGGCUGGGCUAAUCGUUAAGGACGUCCGGGCCGAGAUGGAUGCCAAACAAGCCUCCAUCAAGAAGACCCGGAAUGGCCGAGAACGAAAAGCCAUCUAUAUGGACCUCAAGGAACUGCGGAAAGAGUACCGGGUAAGAGAAAGACAAUGCGUCAACAAUCUCGUUGCUGGGAGCAAAGUCGUGCUUGCUACGCUACAUGGUGCUGGUGGUUUUCAACUUAAAAAUGAGAGCUUUGACGUGGUCAUUAUAGACGAGGCCAGCCAAGCCUUGGAAGCACAAUGUUGGGUACCACUGCUAGCGGCGAAGAAAGCCGUAUGCGCCGGUGACCAUCUACAGCUGCCACCGACCAUAAAAUCUACGAAUUCAAAGGUGAAACCCAAGGUCAAAGAGGGCGGUGGUGUCAUCAAGGGUAUGUCCCUCGAGACAACCCUGUUCGACAGAUUGUUAUCACUUCAUGGGCAAUCCAUCAAAAGAAUGCUGACCACGCAAUACCGUAUGAACGAGAAGAUCAUGCGGUUCCCCUCGGAUGAGCUGUAUGAAGGGAAGUUGGUGGCAGCAGAACAUGUGAAGGAACGUCUUCUCAAGGAUCUGCCGUAUGCGGUGCAAGACACGGAGGAUACCAACGAGCCCGUAAUCUUCAUAGACACCCAAGGGGGUGAUUUUCCGGAGAAGAAUGAAGAGGACGACACCGGUAAAAAGUCGAGCAUCAAGUCUCUCUUAGGUGACAGCAAGAGCAAUGAGAUGGAGGCGGCACUGGUUAAGCAGCACAUCCGUGCUCUGGUUGAUGCCGGUGUUAAGCCGGAAGACAUCGCGGUUGUCACACCUUACAAUGCACAGUUGAGCCUACUAGCUCCUCUGAAAGAUGAGUUCCCGGGCAUUGAACUUGGUAGUGUUGAUGGGUUUCAAGGGCGGGAAAAGGAAGCCGUGAUCGUUACUCUUGUGAGAAGUAACUCCGAUGGCGAGGUGGGAUUCUUGGGAGAGAAGCGGCGCCUAAACGUUGCAAUGACACGGCCGAAACGCUCACUGACGAUAAUUGGUGACUCGGACACCGUCAAGAAAGGAAGUGAAUUUCUCAAGAACUGGAUCGAAUGGUUGGAGGAGAACGCAGACCUCCGUUACCCUGACGCCUCGUCAAUCGGGUAG